AUGAGGCAUAUUUACAACCCCAUAAUAGGUGAUAGAUAUGAAAAAUCGCUGGUGAGCAGACAAGUGGCUAUCGUAUACCGUCGAUCAUUAUCUCAAGAGACCUCAUUAGGUCCUUUGUGCCGUCGCGGAUUCGGCAGUGACAAGGACUUUGUCUAUGCUAGAAAGAAAAACACGGCAGUUGCGAGCGGUGCAGCAACAGUGCAGCGCUUUGCGGCCGCGCAGGCUUCAUGA